AUGAAAUCAAUGAAUGCGCUGGCUGCAGGGGAAGACUGGCUCACUUCACAACUCAAAACUCAAUACCCCAGAUUCUUUUUCACCGAGGACGUCCGGGAGCUAAGCGAGAGGAUCUUGAGCCGUCUGGGUCUUUCUAGUGCCGAUGGAGUGGCGUGUCUAGUUCUUCGGUCACUUCCUAGCGUCUCUCGCUGUCUAAAGGCAAUCAAAGACGCAGGCGGCCCUAGCGAUGCAGUAAUUCCUGUGCAGUUUUCCCAACCCGAGAGUCUUUCCUGUGAAGCGUUCUGGUGGGAUAUUCAUGCCAUAAUCUAUCCAGCUCAGUAUUUUGGUGCAGCUUUUACAUACUGGAUCAACAGUGGAGAUGGGAUUUCCGCUCGCCAUGCCGCAUUCUGCCUCACCGGGUUCGAUUACCUGCAGUCCAACUCACCUAACCCUGCAUUCUGCACUACCGGCCCCAAAACAUUGGCCCCCGAGGGGGAGCAGAUUCCCGGGUUACACACGUCAGGAGUGGUCGAACGGGAUUGUAUCAAACACGAUAUCGCAACCCUUCUUCAACCAGAGGACCCUCACCAGCCGCCUCCGUCACCUAAUGAUGUAUUUUUGUACCCUGGUGGAAUGUCCGCUAUCAAUGCGGUAGCGCGAUGUGUGGGGGAUAUGGGUAUUAACUCAGGUGUCUUCGCUUUUGGCAGUUGGCUGUACACAGAAACUGUUAAAAUUCUCGAACAGCGCUGGCCAGAUAUUACAAUCUACAAAAAGAGUGGGGAUGAAGAGCUCGAUCGUCUCGAAGCAUACCUAAAAUCUGGAACACACAUCACAGCCCUAUGGGUUGACGUACCUUCAAACCCGAUGCUUAUCACGCCUGAUAUGCCCCGACUUCGCCGCCUAGCAAAUGAAUACGACUUCUUGAUUCUAAUCGACGGCACUGUGGGCACAUUUGUAAAUGUUGACCUCUUGCCUUAUGCGGAUGUGCUUAUGUCUAGUCUGACAAAGAUGUACAGUGGGUACGCCAAUGUACUGGCUGGAAGCGCCGUUGUAAACCCCCAGUCACCUUAUUACGAGAAAUUGCAUUGGCACUUGACUGCCUCCUACGAGGAUACCUUUUUCCCCGGAGAUAUUGCCGUUCUUUACGGCAAUUCUAGGGACUUUGUCCACCGUGUUCAAGUUACCAACAACAAUGCCGAAAUUGUCGCCGCUAAGUUGGCUGCUCAUCCUGCCGUAGAGCGAGUCAACUUCCCAACUAUGACGGCACGGCCACAAUACGAGAGUAUCCGCCGCCGCGAUGGAGGAUACGGCCAUUUGCUGAGCGUCAUCUUCCACGACAACGAAACCGCUACCCGAUUCUAUGAUGGAGUGGAUAUCUUCAAGGGUGGUAGUUUUGGAACGGUCUUCACACUUUCAACUCCAUUCGCUCAGUUGGCAACGGAUGCAGAUCGGAGUCGUUUUGCCGAGGCCGGUAUUCCAAGCCAUAUUGUUAGAAUCAGUAUUGGGAUGGAGGAUGUGGAUAUUCUUUUGGAUACCCUUUUCAAAGCUAUCGAAGUGGCUAUGAGGAGAGAUUAG